AAAACGCUUGUUUUUGUGAGUGUGCGACAUACAGACAGUGUGCGAAUUUUCUCUUGGAGUUAUCUGUGAACAAAUUCCGGAUUCAUCUCGGAGUUUUCUGUACCAGUAUUUUCGUGGAUUUAGUGAACGUAUAUUCCUCGGUGAUAUUAACUUACAUUUCGAUAUUGGACAACUCCGACAAAGAGGAAAUAAACCAUAAAAGACUAGAAGAAUAUAUGUAGUAUAACAUGAUUGCCAGAAAGCAGUGUAAACGAUAAUGACCAGGAAGAGACAAGAUGCCAUUCGGAUAAUCAUUCUCUUGCUGUCCAUAGAGACCCGGAUCUCUAGCCAACAACCCUUCCCCGAUACCGAGGACUUCAUCCCAAAUGAACACCACGAUGUAACAGCUUUUCAAAAUAAAACAUUUGCCAAAACCCAACAGUCAAAUGAUGGACAUUACUUAGAUCUAUUGAGUGGAAUUUGCCGGGAGGGGUGGGUCAAAGGUCGGGUUAAUGACGUCACAGUCUGUCUCAGAACCAACACACACCCGUUGUCAUGGAGCGAUGCGCGCGACACCUGUCGAAAAGAUUUUUCUUUUCUAAUGAAAAUGGAGGCACCUGUAUCAAUCGAGUCCCUGGAGCUUGAGGACUAUCUUAAGAGGAAAAACAUUGACAACAUUUGGACCGGUAUCCAUGAGGAAGGGGGCUAUCUUGUGUGGGAUGAAAUCUCUCCACAUAAAGUUCGAGCAUACAAUGAUCCUUUGGAAUAUGAACUUCUUCAACGUAGGAAUUGGAAAUGGAACAUAGAGCCUGACGAUGAGGACGAUGAUUCAGCUGAUAAUGACGAUUUUGAAUUCCACGAAGACAGUCGAUCAACCUGUGGCUUGUUGAAUUUUAAUCAAUAUAUGGAGAAACAUACACUUUCUAAACGAUCUGUGGAAAAGAUAUCAAAACAAAUUAAGCAGAAUGACGAUAUCCCUGAAUUAGAGCAGACUCCAGCUCCAGGUUCUAGAGAGGUGGAUACUCCUCAAGACAUAAGAAGUCAUUUGACAUCUAUGUCAAGACUACGAGCCUUAGAGCGUUAUAUAGAACAAUUAAGUCGCCAAAACAAUAGAAGAAGAACUACACUAAAUGCAAAUAAAGUGAAAAAAUUUAUAGAAUCUCAGCGCAAGUUGUUACAGAAGCAAGAGAAUGACCGAGAGUUCACUACAAAUCUAAAUGAGGCCAUUGAACCUGCUCAGCCCACUGAGGAGACUGAUUAUCCCGAUGAGAGAAAGGAUCACCCAAAAUCUUCAUACUUACGAAAGACUCUUGAUAAAUCUAAAACAUUGCCCGAUCUAAAGGCUGAUUUAGAAGAUUCAAACAGCACAUUCGAGGGAGUGGUGACACCAAGAUCUAUUGUGACGACUGCAGCUAGUCUUGUAUCUAUUCCUACUCGUCCCACUCGCCCCGUUAUUAUACCACUGCCUACUGAUCCUGCGUAUGAAAAUUUUACAAUGAAUGAUCAACAGGCAAAUUUAACUGAACAUAAACUAGCUGGUGUCCCCAUUCCAACAUUUAAACCAGAAGAGGAAACAAACAUAAGAAGAGACAAUCAAGAAGACAAAAAUGUCAAGAAUGCACAUCCUGCUGAUUUUGUUGACUACGAAGAUUUGCUUUUAAGAGAAUCUAAGAAACAUACGACUCAAAGCAAUGUUAAAAAGCCAAAACUGAAAGCCAAUAUUCAUAGAUCUGCAACGAUUUCGACUGAAGCAAUUGUGCCCCCAAAACCUCCCGUUGACAAAAAAUCAACAAAGCAAACCACAUCUAAGAAGAAUGUACAUUCCAUGAAAGGUAAUAAGGCUGCAAAGUCUGAAUCAAUUUCUUCAUCUGAAGAAAUGACAGAUAUAAGCCCAAUUGGAAUCGCAAACAUAAGUGAGAAAGUAAAAACUGACAAGGACGAAAAAAUGAGCCAAAUUCUGGAUUCUCUAGUGUCUUCCAGCGAAAACGUGGACUCAACAGAAGACACUGAUGAGAUUGAUGACUCAACAGAAACAUUAGAACUUAACCCCAUUUCGAAACAGCAGAAACAAACCACAUCCGAAAACAAAGCUGAAAGAGUGUUCCCUCAAAAACCACCAUCUAUUGCUAUUCCACCUGCUAUAAUUACUAACAGCAGAAAAUCUAAAUCUUCGAAAAGCUCAAGCUCACUGUCCGAUGAAAGAAAGCAUCGAGCUUCAGAAACAGAUGAAAUUAUUUUAACAGAAGAAAUAAAAUCAAAUUCCAAUGAAAAAUCUUCAUCAAGGACAACAUUAGAAAAAAGUAGUGAACAAUCUAAAGUUAGCAAAGCAGUCAAAAUACCUUUGGAAAAAAUAGAAACACCAAAACCAGUUCCUAUCAACAUUGGUCAAGCUGAUUCUGAAGAAUUGAAAGCAUAUUUAGAUGCCAUGAAACCUAAAACAAAAGAGGAUGGCGUAUCAGAUGAAGAGACAGGUAAAGCUACAAAAAGCAAAAGUGUAAGUGGUUCAAACCCGACUACCUUAUUUAAUACAAAAGCUUUUUACGACCUUCCGGAGACCUCGACAGAAAAGAAAUCUAUUUCAUUAAAAUCGGAAAAAACGACAUCUGAGGAAUCAAAAAAAGAUAAAAAGCAAACGUCAAAACAAAGAAAAACAAUAACAGAUGCAAGAGGAGGGGUUCCACUGUCUUUAGCAAUGUUACAUUCUGAUAAUACAUCAGGGGAUGAUCCCACUGACAAAGACGGUCGGCGCCAAGACAUUGCCAACAAGUCACCUUCAACUCAUAAACAGAAGAGAACCAAACUAAAAAAGAAAGUAUCAGCUAUUCCCAUUCCAGUGUCAGUAAUAGAGAAAAAUGUAGAAAAAACAAAGCGCGAACAAUUUCAAAAAUCAAAUUAUUCAUCUGAAGAAAGCAUAGAAAAAACCAGUAAACUUGCGGAAAAUAUUGGAGAAAAAAAGACCACAGUGACCUCUAACGACAAGUCUCUUAGCAAUGAAAGAAAGGCAGAAAAAGAGGAAAGUUUCAGCGAGUCAGUGUCUUCAGACACUGUGUCCUUUGAAGACGAGGAAAGGGAUCGAGACAAAAAACGUAAAUUUAGUAAAAAUAUGAAAAUCACAACUGGUAAUUUUCCUCCACCAAUUAAUAUCAUAAAGCCUCAUUUACAGACACAGAUAAAAGAAAGACCAAAACAAAAAGAUGAUACAUCGUCAUUGAUUGAAAAAAGCGAUGAGGUAGUCAAGGAUUCGAUAAAAUCACUUGUUGUCUUGAAUAAAACCAAACCAACUGCAGAGGCAUUCUUUAAUGACCAAACUGAAAACGAGAAACAAUUAUCAGACGAAAACAAAUCGUCAGAGGAAAUACAAAACAACUCAGAAACAGGUGAUUAUACAAGGACUACAACAAGUGCAACUACAAUAAGAGCAAAUGUCCCUCCGAUUCCUCUUGAAAAAGUAAAAGAAGUAGAUAGCAAAAACCGUGACAAUGAUGAAAGUGAAGAAAAAUCUGGAAUGUCAAAGCCUAUAUCAACAACACCGUUUUCCUCUUUGAUUAAAAUUGACAGUAAUACAGAAAAUAGCGAAACUGGAGAUAAUCAAAAGAAAACAGCUGGUGGCAUCAUUAUUCCAACACAAUCGAAUGACAUUUUUAGCAGUUUAAGCGACAGAAGUAUUCAAAAAAGUAAAGACAUGAUAAGGAAUUCUAAAGAGUCUGUAGCAACAUCUUCUCUUACGAAAUCAAAUAUGUUGACUGAAGAAAAUAUAAAAAAUGUUAAUCCGUUAGACACAACUAGUGCAAGUUUAGAAGUUGAUGAUGCUUCUCAAAUCACUGGUUCGUCCGAAGAAUUGUCUGCCUCCACAGAUUCUAGCACAGUUACAUCUGCAACCCUCAGAGAUAACGGGGAUGACUCCGAUUCAUCAAAAGAUAUCAUGGAAUCUGAGCCAGAUGAUGCUAUUUUAGUUAUUGAUAGAAGUAACAAAAACAACACGGACUCUUACUCAUCAGACGAGGAAUCUGAUGAGACUAAAGGAAUGAAAACCGUAACGAUCAUACCAGGGGUGGAAGAUUACGGGUCAACAAGUUCAUCUAAGGAAGUCAGCAAAGAAAUCAAAGCAACCUUACCAAUGCCAAUAUCAAACAUUCAAGUAAGAAAAUUUAAAGCUUCAGACGAAAAAGAUGGUAAGUCCCUUCUUGACGAAACAAAGAAAGUUGACACACCUAAAGAAGGAAAUGUAAGGAAAGGAAGUGGCCUUGAUAAACCGACAGAUAAAGAUAGUUCUAAUAAAGAAAAAAUGGAAACGAUCUUGGAUAAAGUUGAUAAACAUGUUAAACAAGAGCGGGUCAAAAUUAUUAAGACUUCUGUGGAGCCUGAUAGAGAGGAUGUUGAGGCAAACCGCGAUGAAAAAGAUCGAAAGUCAUUGAAUUUAGAAAAGAGCGGCGAUAUAAAGCUUGAUUUUGAAAGACAGGAAAAUGCAAUCAAAAAACCAAAAUCAAGUCUGCAUAGUAGCAUCGAAUCUGAUGAAUCCUCGAACGUUAAACAUAUCAACGGAACAGCAACUGCAAAUGAAGUAAAACAAAUAUCAUCAAAUAGAAAUGAUAACGAUGAAAAUUCGGCAAAAGAAUCAGUUUCAAAUGAAGAAGAAGGAAAUGACGGUAACAAAAACAGUAAUGAAAAGAUAACAGUUUUAGCAACAAGUGACAAUUCAACUGAUUCAAACCAAAAACAAGAAGAUAAAAGCAAGAGCAAUGAGUCAGAUGUGUCAAAAGAAAAUGAGAGUACUCUUUUGUCCUUUUCCCGCCAUGGGUCUGAUUCCCAAUUUAACAAUAGCAGUGAAGAGGUUAGUAGUAGAGAACAAACCUCAACUUCAAUACUUCAAACUCCCAAUUCAACACAAUCCACUAGUAUCCAAGGAAACAACAAAGAAUAUGAUGAAAAAAGCAGUGAGGAGAACGUUUCCUCUAUUGAUGUACAAACUUCAACUUCGACUCCAGUCCAAUCAUUACAUAAAGACCCAACCCUUAUUAUUAAGAAAAACAAAACUGAUGAUGAUGCUGAUGAUGCUUCUGCUGCUUCUGCUGCUGCUACUGCUGCUGCUGCUGAUGAUGAUGAUGGUGAUGAUGAUGAAAACUCAAGUAGUGAAAACAAAAUUUCAACAUCUACUCCAGUACACUCACUAUCUAAGGAUUUCAAUAUAGAAAGCAUUGAGGACAAAAAUUAUGAGAGUAAAAAGGAUAUUAAAGAGACUGUUUCCUCUGAAGAAAGAGAUGUAAAAACAUCGUCGUCAACAGAAUCUACACCAAUAAAUACAGCUCAAGAGAGUGGUGAACAUAGCAAAGACAGUACUGAAACUGCAGGCGAUACACCAAGCUUUAUAACAGUAAGUCAAUUGCAUAAUCAGGUAACAGAUGUAAGCAGUAGUGAAAUUACAGAAAAUAAUUCUCAUUUGGAAUCAAAGGAGGUUAUCAGUCAUCCUACUGACUCUCUACCUUUGAAUGAUGUUGUUGACGGGAAUAGUAAUGAAAAUAUCCAAAUAUAUGCAAAGAAACAAGCCUCUGAUGAAAAAUCUUUAGUGUCACCGUCGCACCUCUCAAAGGAAGGAGACAGCACAGAAGAAAUUGAAAAAGUUGUUGUUAAGGAAAAUGUAGCCAAUAAUAGAAGCAAUGAAAGUGAUGAAAAUAUAAUGCACUUGAUGGAUCAUUCUAACGAGGAAGACAAAUCAAAUCUUUUGGUUGACUCUGCUAUCGAAUCUAAAAACACGGCUGAAGAUGAUGAAAGCCAUGAAGACAUGGAAGAUCCGAAUGCAUCGGUAAACCGCACUGACGAUAAUGCCUCUCUUUCUUCAUUUGAAGAAAAAACUACCACAAAACCUUAUUUAAAAGCAUACAGUAGUUCCAGUGAAUCAACGGAACAUUUCUUUGUAUCAUCUGAAGAAGACAAUGACAGAGUGGUGAGGUUUCGAAACUCAGAGGAAAAUAAGUUGAUGAGGAGUGGCAAUUACGAAUUCAAAGAUUUCUACGACCAUAACAAUGAAAUAGAAGAUGAUGAGGAUAUGUACCAAAAAGAAGUAAAUCGUGAUAAAAUGGAACGAGACAAGCAUUUCAAAUUGAAAAGCUCCAGCGAGAUGCCUAUAGUGUUAGAAGCUAUAAGAAAUAUUGACGAUUCUACAGAAGAAACACAAACUAUAAAGUCGGACGAGGCAUUUAGAUCUCUGUUUGAAAAAUUAAACAACAGAUCUAAAAGUUUAAUGGCUGAAGCAGCUUCAAAGGAUGAAUUCCGUCACAGGGAGGACCAAGAUUUAGAUUUUGCAGGCAUAAGAGCAGGGGAAGUGUCAGAAGACAUGGAUAUGGACCCCGAAGAUAUACUGGCCCAAGAAGCAGAUUUAAGAGCAGAAGCAAGAGUUAAUCAAGCGUUGCUUCCGAGCUUUCAGAAGUCUCAAACCAUUCCAAAAAUUGCAUCAAAUGAUGGAAAGGCCCAUAUGAAACUCUCAAAUUGUAACAGCCGAAGAACAUCCAUGUGUUACACGUAUCCAGUUACUGUCGAGUCCCAAGCAUCGACAUGCGAUUCUGGAUGGGUGGGUCAUGUUUUCCAUACAAAAUGUUAUCGCAUUAUGAGAAACGCCAACACAAUCCCGAAAAUGCCACAUAAGAAUGCUAUGAGCAUAUGUAAAAUGGAAGGCGGAAGUGUUGCUGAACUAAAUGAUGGAUAUAAAGGAAAUUAUCUUUUAAUGACGCUAUUGAAAAGUAUUAAGGAACAUUUGGGAGAACUUCCCCCAAAAGAGGAUAUUCCACCGAUAUGGGUAAGGCGUGGGUCGCAGGAUUCAAGUUGCAGUGUGAUGACGCUCUCCGGACCGAUUGCUGUUGAAUGUAAUCAGAGCAUAGCUGUUGCGGUUUGUGAAAAGAAUGCCAACGAUAUACGUAUUCAAAAUACAAGAACUAUGAAUACGUCUCUUGCGAUUAAGGAGUUUGCAAUUAAUGACAAAAAGAUCCUUCAGUGUGAUUUAAAAAACUCGGCUUCGGAAUUACCAAUUUUGUGGUUUAAAGAUGGCCGUCUUAUCGACAUCAAAGUAAAAAAAAGGAAAAGCAGUAUUUUCCCUCAUCUUGGAGGUCGACCAAUCUCUCCUCUUCCGGAACCAGCGGAGACUGAUGUGACCAGCCUGGAGUUGAACACCUGGUUAAGAAAGGCGCUGGAGACGUCAACUGAUCAGUCUCUCACAGACGAAAUAUUCCAGGGACAUUACUGGUGUGCGGCUUGGAAAACCAGCCCUUUUGUCAGGGAGAAAUCAAGAGAAAUAUUUGUUCGAUUUACUGAUGUUAUAACAUUUGUGGGAAUAAUCCUUCUACCAGCCAUACCAUAUGAUGAACGAUUGCUUCAUAACAAGAUCGAGAAAAAUAUUCCACCUAUCCUCAACAUAAUGACAGAUCUCAGAUAUAUAAAUAAUAUUGUCUUUAGAAAGCUACAGCAGGAGUUUCCUAAUCUGGAGAGUACCUCUGCGUAUCCUGGAGAUAUAUCGAGCAAACCGCCUCUGCUUUUGUCUUUCAACGUAUACAUAAGAGCGUCCAAAAAUUAUACGACAGCAGACGAGAUGCCAUUGUAUAAGAGUAUGCGUACCCGAUAUCAAGAGAUACUUAGAGACGGAAAUAUCCUGACUCGUUUACCGCGUGGAACUCCGCUACGCUUUAUUCGAUCUUUGAAAAUACGUAGUACAGUUUCCUGCCAACAGACAACUUUGACGGACCCAAGAACUAGACUCGCCGCCAACUUCUUCCCAGCAGGGAUAAACCUGAAUGUUUCUAGCAUUGAUGUUUGUGAAAAUGGCGAAAGGGCUGGAAAAGCAACAUGUAAAGGAAACUUCAAGAGUGGUGCAUAUUGGGGCAACAUCCAAAUCACAAGAAGAUGCGGCACUCCAGAUACCAGGAUGGAGGAAAACGAUGAAGAUUCCAUCGAACAACUGGUAGACGACGAGGAGCAGGGCGAAGAGUACGAGAACCUAGUUCAAAGAAUGACAGCAGAGGAGAGACUGAGGGAACUAGCGGAGAUGGAAAUAGAAGAAAACAACCUGGAGAGCGUUAUAGAAGAAACGGCAGAAAUUGCAGACACAGUUGAAGAUUUCAAAGAAAUCGAUUUGGAGUACAUCAAUGAAAUCAUGGAAAAAUCCGCUAUUAGCAAUGGCAAAUCUAGAUUUGUGACUGCAAAGGCUUUGGAGACAGUUGAUAGAUUGUUGACUGUAGAUGAUAUGGUUUUUCAAAAUGCCAAAAGAGUCAGCAGCAUCAUCAAAAAUUUCGAAAGAAUAGUUGAGGAUACCGAUUUAAAUGAUGAUGGACAUUUUCGAUUGGUUCUUCCUAAUGUCGCAAUGGAGAUUUAUGAACUUCAGAAGUUUUCCCAGCCAGUGAUUGGAAUGGCCGCAAAGACAGACGAGGACGGGAAGGCGGUGUACACACCUUUCAACCAGCAAAGGAUUGUCUCUAUUUACAAUGAAUCUGUACUCUAUGAUGAUAUUGAUGUUGCGAUUCAUUUGCCACCAGAGCUGGUUGAAGAAACCAAAGCAGAAAACAAUUCGAGGUUGUACAUGAUGGUGUACCGGGAUGGCAAUAUGUUCCAGGAUUUGUCCAUGCCUAACAAUGUCCAACAAGCUGCAUCCGAUUCAACACGUUCAAACAAUAAAAAAUUAAACAGUUUUGUCAUUUCUGCCAGCAUUGGUGGAAGAAGAAUUGAAGGAUUAAAACAAAAAGUCAAAACUAUCUUCAGGCCACUCAAGGAUGUUGGUGGCCGAACCCGUACCUGUGCGUUUUACAACUUUACUCUGAACAACAUGGCGGGAGGUUGGUCGUCUUCCGGUUGUACGUAUGAUGGUCAAGUGAACGGACGUGACGUAUGUCUCUGUGAUCACCUGACAAACUUCGCCGUACUCGUAGAUUACUACGGACAGGACGACCGAGUAGACCACGUGCAUGAAGUGACGCUCUCCAUCAUCUCUCUGAUCGGACUCAGCCUCUCUAUCCUCGGACUCUCCCUCACCAUCAUAUCCUUUGUUUUCUUCAGAAAACUACGCAAAGGACGAGCUCAGCAGACGCUGUUUAACCUGGCACUGGCCAUGCUGUGUUCCUGGGUGAUAUUCCUGGUGGGCAUCAAACAGACCUAUCAUUUCAUUGGUUGCCUGAUCGUGGCCAUUCUCCUGCACUACUUCAUCCUGGCCUCCUUUAUGUGGAUGUUGAUGGAAGCGUUCCUUCAGUACCUGACUUUUGUGAAAGUACUUGGUACUUACGUCACCAGAUAUACCCUGAAGUCCGUAAUCGCGGCGUGGGGCCUGCCAGUUAUUCCCAUCAUUUGUGUUUUGAGCAUUGACCACAAUCUAUACAAAGGGGGAGAUCACUAUUGUUGGAUGUCUUUGGAUGCCUUCUACUAUGCCUUUGCCAUUCCCGUGGGGGUCAUCAUUCUGGCUAACCUCGUGAUCUUCAUCAUCACAGUGGUUAGCAUUUUCAGGAGACCCCAAGGCCUGCGCAGUAACCAGUCUAAACACAAAAUGGCCAUUACCAACCUACAGGCCGCCAUUACUAGCUUCGUACUUCUAGGUCUCUCGUGGAUUCUCGGUUACUUUGCUAUAUCAGACGCCAGGCUGCCGUUCCAGUACGCCUUCACCAUACUCAGCUCCCUGCAGGGCUUUUUCAUCUUCGUUCUUUUCGUUGCACGAAAGAAACAGGUGCGCGAACAAUGGAAGAUGAUCUGUUGUUGCAUAUACCCGGAUCAACAGAAGGCACAGCGCACCCUAUCGGCCUCGGCCUCAUACCCCAGUACAUGCAGUAGUAGGAGCACCUCGAGCACCUCGACACUUCACCACCAGGGGCGCACCGAUCGCUCAGAUAGCUGCAAAACAACCACCAGCUUCAUCGGAUCAGAGUAUGACUCAAUUUACACCGUACCGUAUUCUCGUGCGUCUCGCGACUCGCUGUAUUAUAGAAAAUUGUGAUAUAUUUUUAAUUUGUUAUAUUGUUUUGUCUCAAAUGCUCAUCUUAUGUUUGUGUCUCUUUUAAUUUUAAUCGUUUUGAUGCUGAAUUAGGGGCUUCGUUUAUACUGUUUUUGUAUGUCAGAAAAUCACCAAAAAGCAAUAUAUAUGAAUAUGUUAGCUAUAGAAUAGUCAGAACCAUAUUGAGGUUAUUUGGAAAAUAUUUCAUAUGACAGAUUGAUUUAUCCUUUAAUUCAUUCUAAUCUUUAACAUCUGAGAUAAAUGGUAUUAUCUGAGACUCCUCUAGGAAUGUGCUUGAUGUCGUCAUAACUUUUUUUUAUUCUCCGACAUGCACAGGGAGAGCAUGUUUGUUAGAUGGUUCGAUAACUCGUCAUAUAGUGCUCCUAUAACUUAUUAUUUGGAUUAUUUAUGAUAUUUUCACUCUUCAUUGUCUCACUUUCUCGUUGCCAUAGAUUAUAGACUGUCUUGAAGUUGUGAAACGUUUUAUUUGUACAAAUGCAUAUGUUGUCAUUCAGAAUAAACAUCAUCACGUAA